CAGAUUAAUCGAAUCCCCUCAAUGCAAUGAACGGGACGGCCGUGCUCGAAGAAGUGGUGGCAGAGUAAAAUCGAUCAGCUCUCGGUUUUGUUUCUAAAGAUUGGUGUCAGCGUAAAGUCAGUCCAAGUUUUUGGUGUUUAUUUGCAAGUUACGGUGGGACUCAAACAACAUAGGAGGGGAACUGAAAAUGGAGGUAGAAAAGGAAAUAAAGAAGAUGAGCCUGGGCCACGAGAUUGGUGCUGGAGCCGCAUGCCUGAAAUGCAAGGACAAAUGCGAGGGGUUCGAGCUGCACUUCUGGAGAAAAAUCUGCCGGAACUGUAAGUGUGGCCUGGCGGACCACGAUGUUCAGAUGAACUCUGAGGAUAACAGGAAGGUUGGCAAGCUGUUUGAGGACACCAAGUACACGGGUCUCGUCGCCAAGCUCAAGACAGACAGCGUCCCCACAUGCAAGGACAACCAGGUCACCUUCUCCAUCUCCGCCAGCCCCAUGUCAGCCACCACUGUACCAAACAGUCCCCACACUGUGCCAGCCAAUGCUGGCUAUGGUGCUGGGGCCAGGGCUGGGGCCGGAGCUGGGUCUGGUGCUAGGAAUGGUGCUGGGGCUGGGGCUGGGGCCGGUUAUGGGGCCAGUGCUUGGGCCAGUGCUGGGCCCGCUACCAUGCCCAAACCAGGGGCAAUCAGACCCAAUGCUGUGUCAGCCAAUGUCGUGCCAGUAAGGAAGGAUGCCGUGCCCAUGAAAUCUGUCACCUACGAGUGGGCACCACCAGGGGUCAAACAGUAUAUGGCGGUCCGCUACAUUGAGCUCCUGCCCCCAGAGAGGCGUCCCAUAGCGGGCACAGAGGGUGCAGCCUACCGCCGGCAACAGAUGGCAGUGCAGCUACCGGAGCAUGACCAGGACCCGGCCAAGUGCCACGAGCUGACCCCCGCAGAGGUCAAAGAGAUGCAGCAGUUCGUCCGCAAGUACAAGGACGAGGCCCUGGGAGUGGGAGACAUCAAGCUGCCUGGGGAGAUGAUGAUGGGACAGUGUCUGGGUCAAGAGAGAGGUCCAGGACAGAGAGCACCAGGGAUGGGAGAAACAGUGAUGGGAGAACCAGAGAUGGGAGCACCAGGGAUGGCAGAACACCAAGGGAUGGCAAGAGCCCCAGGUCGUGGGUCAAGUAUUGGCUAUGGGUCUGCCCUGGCUGAUGGCCCUAGGGCUGGAGUUAGGCCUGGGGCUGGGGGAGCCUUUGGGCCUGGUCGUCGGUCUAGACCCGGGGCUGGGGGUGCACUCGGGCCAGCAGGACCAGUUCAGCCUAGGAUGGGGGCUAAGGGUUACCCUGGGGCAGGAAAGGGUGCACCAGAAGACAUGGGUACUGCUGCAACUGCUACCGCUGGGGAAAUGGGCACUCCGGGAGCCCCUGGAGCUUACCUGGCUGAGCCCUAUGGACAGUACUCGUGCCACCAGUGCCAGCUGCCCAUGCGUCAGGGUGAGCCUGCGGUGUACGCAGAGCGUGCUGGCUACGACAAGCUGUGGCAUCCGGCCUGCUUUGUGUGCUGUACCUGCUCAGAGCUCCUGGUGGACAUGAUCUACUUCUGGAAGAAGGGACAGCUCUACUGCGGACGCCACUACGGAGACAGUGAGAAGCCCCGCUGUGGAGGCUGUGACGAGCUGAUCUUCAGUAAUGAGUACACACAGGCCGAGGACCAGAACUGGCACCUGAAACACUUCUGCUGCUUCAACUGUGACUGUGUUCUGGCUGGAGAGACCUACGUUAUGGAGAACAACAAGCCUGUCUGCAAGCCCUGCUACAUGAAGAGCCACGCAGUGGUAUGUACGGCCUGUCAGAACCCAAUGGAGCCCGAGGCCCAGCGUGUAUCUUACGGGGAGUUCCACUGGCACGCUGAGCCCCAGUGCUUCCAGUGCUCCUGCUGUGCUAAGUGUCUCAUUGGAGAGCGCUUUAUGGCCAUACAGGGCAUGCUCUUCUGCUCUGUCGAGUGCAAGAAGAAGACCAUUACCUAAGAAGAAGACUAUGACCCAGAGCAGCGCACCACAGCUAAACCUGACAACAAAAUUAUUAAAGUCUAUUCAAACAAUGGUCAUUUCCCUUGACCACAAACAACGUGUUUCAGUCUACAACUGAUUCUUGCUCAGAUCACAAUCAACUCUGCUCCUGAUGACAACCAACCCCAGUCCUCUGCUAAUUUUAGUUUUCACUAUGCUUAUUUCCGCUCAAGACUGCAACCAAUCAUCUGAAUAACAGUUGGGACUUGUGCUUUCCUCAAUAAUGCCUAACCAAGAUUUCAGUUUCCAAAGUCAGGCCCUUGGGAACCAAAUACUGCCUUAAAUAAUAAUAAAUAAAUAAUAAUAUGCCAUU